AUGGGGGAGAACUUCAAGUAUUACGAUGUUGAAGACUACAACAGCUGGAAGAGGAAACAAGGGAAGAAUUUCAAACGCCCACCUCGAGCAAAUUUUCUAGCAGCAGCGACUUACAUCAGGAACCUUCUUGAUGGGAAGUCUUUCAACUGGGCCGCCGUGUGCGGCCUCGCGAUGCUUUGCCUAGGAUCGCGUCGAGAGAUGCAUGACAUUCACAUCGUGUACGAUGACCGAGAUUACCAGCGCAUGAAGAUGAAGCUGGAGAAAGACCAGCGAGCAAGGCUGCCGAAGGGAAUGAAUUCACUCUUCCCGGCUAAGAUCUUACUUGGGACCGGACCAAAUCACAAGGACUCCAACUGCACCGAGAAUGCAGAUGUUGAGAUAAACUUAGUUCCCCCAGGUAAGGUCUCUAGUUCAUGA